CCUCAUUAUCCUCCAGAAAUUGGGCUUUUUAUAUUCAAACACUCCUUCUGAAGACAAAACUAAAGAAGAGACACUCCGCAAUGUCUCUCUGGCUCCUCGACGUGCUAGCCCUGCUCCCAUCGAAAUGGCAAAACUGGAUCUUCCCACCCUCAAGUAUCCCCAUUGUGGAAAACUCGCCGGAUAAAGUCCAACUCGCCCGCAUCGCGCAUGUCUACUUUGAGCACUCGGACCUUGACGCCUUCACCAAGUUCGCCCGUGACUUUGGCUUCGUCGAGGCCGCUACCAAGGGCAAGACGAUCUACUAUCGCGGGUAUGGGCGGGACCCCUACGUCUACGUCGCAUCCCAGAGCCCAACCCGACGAUCACGCUUCCUCGGCGCGGCCUUUGUCGCAAAAGACGCGGAAAACUUCGACAAAGCCGCUGCAAUGUCCGGCGCCGUGCGCAUAUCUCUGACGGACGCCCCCGGCGGCGGCGAGUUGAUUACCUUUGAACGACCGAACGGGACCUUUUUCCACGUCGUGUACGGUCAGACGGAGCGCGAAGUCGGGGAGAAGAUUCCCCCGACAGCGACGCACGACUCGCAGGGCCCCUUCAACACGCCGUUUGAGAAGCCGCGCAAGGGCCAGUUUCAGCGGUACCACGAUGGGCCCGCGCUCGUGCACAAGCUGGGCCAUUACGGUUAUGUGUGCAAGGAAUUUGAGGCGGAGCUCGAGUUCUACACGGCCAACUUUAACUUUGUGCACUCGGAUAUCCUGUAUCUCCCGCAGCUCGAGAAGAGGGAUGUCAUGACUUUUAUGCACCUGGACCUGGGCGACGAGUACACGGAUCACCACACGUUCUUCCUGCAGCGGGCGUCGCCCACAGUGAGCGCGACGUACGUCCACCAUACCUCGUUUGAGGUUGCUGACUUCGACACGCAGCUCAUGGGCCACCACUAUCUGGCCAAGAAGGGGUGGAAGAGUGUUUGGGGUGUCGGAAGGCAUAUUCUCGGGAGUCAGAUCUUUGACUACUGGUAUGAUAGUUCGCGGUUCAAAAUUGAGCAUUAUGCAGACGGGGACGUUGUCAGCAGGCAGAAUCCGACGCGCAGGGAGCCUGUUGGCCCGCUGUCUGUCUGGGGACCUGAGCUGCCCAGGGAUUUUGGUGAUAACAAGGCCAAGUAG